CAGAGACUGAGCACGACUUAGAAAUUGUUGAUAAGAAACAUUCAUUAGAAGAGAUUGAGCAGGAAUUGGAAAUUGUUGACAAAGAACUGGCAAUAGAGGAGAAUGAUCAUGACUCGGAAAUUAUUGAUGAAGAACAGCCACAAGAUAAGAAAAUACAUAUGGAGGAAACAGCAGUGAUCGCAAUUGAAGAAGUGUCAGAUUCAUUAAAGGAAAGUAUGAAUGUAGCUAAUAUAGAUCUUCUCAGUUCUUCUGAUGAACAGGAGGACUUUAGAGAUGCCAAUCAAGAUAAUGUGGUAGUGUCUACAGCUGUCACAGAAUCUAGUGAAGUUGAUGCAGUAGAGCAUGAUACUGAAAUAACUGACAUUGAUUGUCAUUCUGAUAAGAAUUCUCUUGAUAGUGACCCAGAAACAGGAGAUGGUCAGUUUGUAGCGGAUGCAAAGAAAACAGACCCUCCGAUAUCAGACGUAGGUGAAGGCGAGAGUGAGAAAGAGGAGUAUGAAGAUGCCCAUGAGGCAGAUAACGCAUCGGAUCUGAAAACUUCACCGGAACUCUCACAGUCGACCGCUGAUAACGACUCAUUUUAUGACGCAGACGAAGAUCGCAAACAAGAAUAAAGUCUUGUAAUUUCGAUAACUAUUUGCUAAAAAAAUAGAAAAAAAGUUUAGUUUUCGUUCAAUUUGCUUUUGUGUUCUAUCAUUGUUAUAAAUGAUGGGAUAAUUUACCAGAAGUUUCGCAUAAUUCAGUUUGCUUGAUGGUUAGGAAAUGUUAUAUUAACCAUUUAACCACCGGAACAUUUGCGUUAAAAGGAGUUUGUAGUUUUUCAUGUAGAUUCUAUGUUUUUUUUGUUACUAUAGUUAUCAUGUGUUUUGCACUCAAAAAUACUUGUUUGCCUGAAAUCUAUAGCGCUUCAUUUUAUGCAAUACUGUCCACAUAUUUUCUUGUCUGUAAGUACAUGUAAAGUUUGCAAUAUGAUAAUGAAGUGUUCAACAUUUUUAAGGAAAGAUUUUCUAAAUGUGUUUUCAUUUACAAUAGCGAUAUUAACUUUCAGUGAUGUAAAAAACAUUUCAAUAUGUUAGGCACUUGUAAAAUCGGAAAUAAAUAGGAUGUUUAAUUCAGAAAAAGCAAAACUGUGUUUCAUAAUAUUUUUGGAAUUGAUUUAGAGCAUGUUAAAUGCUUAUUUUAAAAAAGCAGCUUUGAAUGUUGAAUGAUUUGUCAUAACUGUAGCAGAAUGUAAACAAAGUAGUAUUUUGUCUUCCAUACAAAAUGCUAAAUAUUAUUAAUAAUAGCUCAGUUGGUUAAAACAAAAGGUGAUUCAGCUAUAUGACCACUUUCUACUGUUACGGAAACUUAAAAUAAAAAAUAUAAAGCUUUUAAAAUGAAAUAACAGCAUAUUUUGGGUUUAAUGGACCUUCAAAGCAAAUUUUUUUUGUAUAUUUUGGUUAAAUUAACAGAUUUUUUUUAGCCUUCCAAGUUCAUGACCAUAAAAGUGAUAGGAAUAUGUAGAAAAUAGACUGAAUUAUAAAAUGAUGGUGAUUUUAAGGCAUUGUGUCAUUGGAGUUUUCAGACUAAAUUGAAAAAACGCAAAUUAUUGCCCUUUUGUUUACAAUGUCAUUUUUACACUGUAAACACAGAAGAAAUUUCAGCAGAAAGAUGCGCUCUUGGUAUUUUGGCGUUAAAUGAAACAAACAAAUGACAAGCAAAAGUGGGGCAUAUUUGUUUUAUGGACAAAUUUUUAGAUUUCAGUUGGGACAGCUUAUUUUUCAUAACAAAAUGUGGCUUUUAUGUACAAAAGUUAAGAAAGAAAGCUUUAGUAAAUGUAUUAAGAAGUUACUGGAAAUUAAGUAGUUUGUUUAGCUCUGGAAUAUAUUGCAAUCAAUGUUGAAAGAUUCGCUUUAUAGGCCUUACUAGUGUUUUGUACAUAGGUAUUUAAUGCAUUGUUUUACAAGUUGUUUUUGUUGAUUUUCAUGGUAACAAGGUUUUUUAUGCAGAGUGUUAAGUGCUACAUGGCUUUUGGUCUCGCCUGUUUCCCUUUUUAUUGGAUAUACAUGUAUAAAUUGUACCUUUAUCACUGCAAAUGAAUAUUAAGAAGUAAUCCCUAUGUAAAAGAUGGACCUUACAUACAUUUAGGUAACCUGUGGCUUCAAAUAAACUGUUUGGCUUGGAGUGAUAAUGUAUUUAAUCAAAUUCUUGUUAAUGUAAUGUCGGGUAGACAUUAUGUGAGAGACAUGUUUGUAAUUUGGAUUGUUACUGCCUUCAGUAUUUUACAGGUACAUAUUUAGAUAGUUAUAAGGUUGUUUAACAAAUGGAAAAAAAAACAACUAGUCUGAGUAAAAUGUAUUUAUACUGCCCCAAACAACAAAAACGACCUCAGUGACCGGUGAAAAAGCUAUAAAGCUUGCAAGCUUUGGUUUCGUUCAUAAGCUCACCAGAGAAAAACCCCAGGAUAUAACAAAAUGUGAUCAUUUACUGUCCUUCUGACCUGUUUCUCAAAACUUGUUCAUUAGUUAGUAGAUACCUUACAAAAUUUCAAAAUAUUGCUAUACAAAACUUGUGUUGCACUGAAAAACAAAUUAAACCUGGUAGACUGUUUGCAGUUAUAAUGUUUGUCAUUUUCAAAGUUUUUAUUUAUAGGAUUCGUCUAAUAAACAUAAAAUGAUGAUAAAACAAUCAAGGUUCAGAAUUAAUUUUGUCUAGUUUUUUUUUUUUAAUUUCUAUUUUUGUCAUAUAAACUUAUGUUUCUAAAUUACUAUUGUAAUUUUUGUCUUCUGUAUUAAGGUAAUGUUACGGUUUAUUCUAGAUAUGUUUAUAACAUGGGGGUGGGGGGAGUAAUGGGUUCCCUGCACCAGUAAAGAUGCCCCCAUAUGGCCAUGGUACUUAAAAGACAUACCAACCAAAACCAACAUACCUCCAUAAAAUACCACUGGCUUAAAGUGUUCUCAAAACUUAGUUCAUGACAGUUAUUAAAACACCUUAACACCUUAAGAAAUGAUUUAAGUUAACGCAGGCCUGUUGUGAAAUGAAUAAUAAAAUUGCUUUUUUGCUAAUUCACAAAGUUAUUUAUUUAGUCUCCGAUGUUUUUGAACAAGAAAUGGACCUUUUAUAUGAUUUGUUUGCACUAUUUUAAUUUCAGUUCUUUUUGUUCAAUACAAAUACCUCUUAAAAACUGUCUGUUGAAUAGAAAUAUUGCAUUUUUUUACUGGAUUUAUUUUUGGUUGUGAGCAGAUAUUUGGUCAGAAAACAGCUUUGGUAAAAGAAAUUAAGGGAAUUCUAUGUGUGAUAAUAGUGGGAAUGGUUGUUAUGUAACCAUCUUGAGAGAAGUUUUUUUUUUAACAGUUAGAUUAAGUUCAUAAUUAAUUUUGUGUCAAUUUUCUAUUUAGUAUUCAGUGUUAGGAAACAAAAGGUGCUACAUGUUUCAGAGAUUUUUUGAAAUCUGUUCCAAUACAAUCUUAUUUUGAAGUAGAGAUUAUGAUUACCAAGGGAGGUUUUCCAUACAAUGUAAUGUGCUUUAUUACUGCUGUGUUGAAUAUUAAAAGUUUCCAAAUUUA